AUGCAGCCGCGGGGAAGAAAUCCAAUGAAUGACAUGAUGAUGCUACGUGAUGAUGUCGUCAAGGAGACAGACUACCUUGCCAGCCGUAUGCGCAAGCCACCUGCUUGGCCUCGGCCCCCGGAGGACUUGGAGCCUUACCGGCUACCUUUGCCUGGUGAUCGUGUCUCCCUAAGAGCUAUGCGGAGGCGUCCAGAGCUGAGCGGUGCAGUUGCUCAUGUGGUGUCAGGAGCUGAUGCUGACGGCUUUGUCACAGUCAGGGUUGGAGGUGAAAGUAGUGGCAGCCUGAAGCAGGUGCACCUGGAACGGUUACGACCUUUGGACCCUCCAAGUGAUCGCAAGCAGGCAGUGGUGUCUUCAGCGGCCUCCACUUCAGAAGCUUCCAGGCGCUCACGACCCGGCUCAGCAGUGCGGCCGAGCUCUGCUGUGCGCUCUUCACGUCCCAGCUCAGCUAAGGAGGCCAAUGGAGACGCCAGGCUCUCACCAGAUGAGAUACAGCAGCAAUUGAUCCGACAGAAGCUUGGACCGUAUCAGGCAGCAGCAGCCUACGCUGCCUCCGCAGCAAAGAGUGCUGUUCGGAGUCGAAGCGAGCCCGGCCCUGCACCAGUGUCUUUCUUGACAUCGCCUCAUAGGCGAAUGGAGGACGCGUGGCAACACUUGCCGGCAGGCUCGGAGGAAGAGAGGCAGGCACUUUACGAGGAAUUGCAGGGCUGGUAUUUCUGCCCGCCUUCAGCUCCGUUUCAAGCAAGAGCACGGCCGCCAAUGCUGCUCCUGGAGGAGGCUGCUGCAACGGUCAAGGCAAAGAAUGGAUCCAUUGGGCGGAGUCCACUUUGGAGAGCAGAAUAG